CUCCGUCUCUUUUUUUAUUCUCGUCUUUUGCCUGCAAUUUCUGCCAUCAUGGCCGACCUCACCAAGCUUUCCGCAACAGCCCAGCUCGCCACUGGCAUAGCAUGUCUCUACAUCUUCUACCUCCUCACAACAACAACAUCGAUAUGGCUCCGCCGACGCUCCUACAAGCGCUCGAAAGGCGUCAUGCCGGCGGUUCGCAUUCCGGCCAAAGACCCGAUCAUGGGAAUGGACUUGUUCCUCCGCAACAUCCGAGCCCUGAAGGACCAUACGCUUCUCGAGCUGGGAAUGGCGAGAUUCGCAAACCUCAAAGCAAAUACCAUCCGUGGAUUAGGUCUCGGUCGGGAGAUCCAUGGGACGAUUGAGCCGGAGAAUCUGAAGACGAUUCAAGCGGUUGAUUUCAAGAAGUGGGGUUUGGGAACCGGACGGAAGACGGGUUUCCAUCCGCUUCUUGGGCAAGGCAUCUUCACAUCCGACGGCCCAGACUGGCAGCACUCUCGCGACAUGCUCCGUCCCAACUUCGUACGCUCCCAGAUCGGCGACACUGAAACUUUCGAGAAACACAUUUCCCAUCUCAUCGCCGCGAUUCCCAAAGAUGGCACCACAGUCAACUUAUCUGAUCUCUUCUUCCGCCUGACCAUCGACUCCGCCACCGAGUUCCUCUUCGGUGAGAGCACCGAGUCUCUGACCAAAGACAGCACGGACGGCUUCGCCGAAGCCUUCAACAACGGCCAGGACUUCAUCGCCAAUAAAGCCCGCUGGGGUAAAUGGGCACGCUUUGCGCCAAAGAACAAGCGCUUCGAAGCGGAUCGUAAAUUCGUGCACGACUUUGUGGACUACUACGUUGACAAAGGCCUGGCCAAGCGUGCUCAACUUCUCACCGAAGACAAGAAACCUCAACGCUACGUCUUCAUCGACGAGUUGGUGCGGCAAACGACCGACCGCGUCCGCAUCCGCAGCGAACUCCUCAACAUCCUCCUUGCCGGCCGCGACACCACUGCCUCCCUCCUCACCAACGUCUGGUUCAUCCUCUCCAAGCGUCCCGACAUAUGGGCAAAACUGCAAUCGGAAGUCGGGCAACUGAACGGUGUCCGGCCCACAUUCGAACAGUUGAAAGACCUCAAGUACCUCCAAUCCAUCCUCUCCGAGUCCCUGCGUCUGCACCCGGUCGUCCCUCUCAACAGCCGCGAAGCCCAAUGCGACACAACCCUCCCUGUGGGGGGCGGACCAUCCGGUCUGGCACCAAUCUUCAUUCCCAAAGGAGGCAUCGUCUCCUGGAACGUCUACGCCAUGCAUCGCCGCAAGGACAUAUACGGACCCGACGCGGAAGACUUCACGCCCGAGCGAUGGCUCGACGAUCCUGAGACGGGUAAGAAAGGCUUAAGACCGGGUUGGGGAUAUCUUCCGUUCAAUGGCGGGCCGCGGGUGUGUCUGGGGCAGCAAUUCGCGUUGACGGAGGCGAGUUAUGCGACGGUCAGAUUGUGUCAGGCGUUCAGUGGGAUUGAGAGCAGGGAUCCGGAGGAGUGGAAGGAGUUUUUGAUGUUGACUUGUGUGUCGUUGAAUGGAGCGAAGGUCAAAUUGACGCCGAGGGAGGGUUGA